AUGCAGAGCCUGCUCCUGACUGUCACACUGUUUGUCCUGGUGGCUGUCCUACAAGCUCAGGAUGACCUGCCCUUCCUCUCAGAAGAAAAGAAACUCUCAGGUGUCUGGUUCGUGAAGGCUACAGUGAAUGAAAGAAACCUGACAGAGCUGGGGAGACCUCUGGAUCUGUUCCCUUAUACACUGUCAUGUCUGGAACAAGGAACUUUGGAGGUCAAGACUACGGUCAUGUAUGAGGGCCAGUGCAUUAAGACAAUAAUGCAUAUGCAGAGAACAGAGAAGCCUGGUCAAUACAGCUCCUUUUCCGGCCAUAAGCUCUUGUACAUCUAUGAGCUGCCAGUGAAGGACCACUACAUCAUAUACAUAGAAACUCUUGUGCAUGAGAAAAAAUUCCUUUCAGGACAUCUGAUAGGGAAGUGCCCCAAAGAAAAUAUGGAGGCCCUGGAAGAGUUUAAGAAAUUCACGCAGCACAAAGGACUUCUCCAAGAAAACAUUAUUGUGCCUCAGCAGAGGGAACAUUGUGUUCCCAAACAUGGCCGUGGUAAGUGA